AUGUCUCGAUGGUCGUUCCCGGAGCCUUUCCCAAGUCUUACUAGCCUCAACUCCCUCGCCCUGAGGACAAAGUAUGGUUCCGUGACCACGACUAGUGGCUUGUCUGCGCCCUUGUCACUCUCGAAACUCGAGCACCGGUCUCGCAAUGGCGGCGCCGUGGUUGGCCGUGGCAGGAUUGGAGUGCGCCAAUCAUGCCGUCUCUAUGCUUACCAGUAG